AGGGGACAAGUUCCAUACAAAAACGAUGGAUAUUCACUUUUGGAUGCAAAAUAAGAAUUGUAGCAUUUCAAUGAUAUUUGCAAAGUUCAUUAUUGAGAAAAUCAGUCAUGUUAUUUUAUUUAUUUUUUUUUUUUUGUUCCCUGGUAGUCACCUCCAGCACAUGAAUCCAGGAAAUGAUACACAAAUUUCAGAAUUUUUUCUUCUGGGAUUUUCAGAGAGAUCAGAACUGCAGCCCCUUAUAUUUGGGCUUUUCCUCUCCAUGUACCUGAUCACUGUGUUUGGGAACCUGCUCAUCCUCUGGGCCGUCAGCUCUGACUCCCACCUCCACACGCCCAUGUACUUCUUCCUGGCCAACCUGUCCUUUGGUGACAUCUGUGUCACCUCCACCACCGUCCCAAAGAUGCUCUGGAACAUCCAGACACAGAGCAAAGGCAUAACCUAUGAGAACUGCAUCACACAGAUGUAUUUUUUCCUGCUCUUUGCAGGAUUAGACAUCUUUCUUCUGACAGUGAUGGCCCAUGACCGCUUUGUGGCCAUCUGUCAUCCCCUACACUACAUGGUCAUCAUGAAUCCCCGGCUCUGUGGACUGCUGGUUCUGGUGUCCUGGAUCAUGUGUGUCCUGAAUUCCUUGUUACAAACCUUAAUGGUGUUGGGGCUGUCCUUCUGUACAACCUUGGAAAUCUCCCACUUUUUCUGUGAACUCAAUCAGAUGAUCCAACUUGCCUGUUCUGACACCUCUAUUAAUAACUUGGUGAUGUAUCUUGCAGCUAUGCUGCUGGGUGGUGCUUCCCUCGGGAUCCUUUACUCUUAUUCUAAGAUAGUUUCCUCCAUAUGUGGGAUCUCAUCAGCUCAGAGCAAGUAUAAAGCAUUUUCCACGUGUGCAUCUCAGCUGUCAGUUGUCUCCUUAUUUUACUGUACAGUCCUAGGAGUGUACCUCAGCUCUGCUGCUACCCAGAGCUCACUCUCAAGUGCCACAGCCUCGGUGAUGUAUAUGGUGGUCACGCCCAUGCUGAACCCCUUCAUCUACAGCCUGAGGAACAGAGACAUAAAGAGGGCUCUGAAAAGAAUCGUUGGGGUUCCAGGGACGUAAGGGCCAAUUGUCCUGGGGCUGAAGAUGUGCCCAUGAUUGCGGGGCUCAGAGCCUCAGAGACAGGAACUGAUACCCCUUUAUCAGACUGUGGAAGUAGAAUCUGAUCUUUCUUUUUCUUUCCUGGAAUUUCCAUUUGUUUGAUUUCAACUUCUCUAUACAUUUAAGUAAAUCAUUUUAUUACGCUUCUGCUCUGUCUGAUGUACAGUUUAUCCUUUGUCCAUUUUCAUAUGUUCCCAAUGUUUUCCCCAUCCUUGGGUCACAAAGGCCUAGAAAUUUCUGUAUCUUACAAUGGGAAAGUUGGAUUUCUUUUUCUUUUUCUUUCCAAGAUUUUAUUUAAAUUCAUGUUAGUUAACAUAUCGUGUAGUAUUGGUUUCAGGGGUAGAACUUAGUGAUUCAUCAUUUACAUGCAACACCUACCACUCAUUACAAGUGCCCU